AUGCCCCCUCCAGACCAGCAAGUCGAAAUCGAUUUCCCUCCUCCUCUCAUCCAAGCACCUGCUGUGCCGGUGUUUAACCACGAGAAAUACUACCUGGAUGAUGGGGAUUUCUACGUACUGGUAGAGAACAGCUUGUUUCGUGUCCAUGUGCACUUCUUGCAGAGGCAUUCAGGCGUGAUCAAAGAGGAACUCCAGUCGCCUUGUCCCACCGGAAUGCACGAGCACGAUGCGUUCGUCUUGAAAGAUGUUACUGUGGAAGAUUUCGCCCUGCUUCUAUGGGUUUUCUACGACAAGUCGCUCGAACGGCAAGCAUCGGGGGACGAAUGGCUUCGUAUCCUCCUUGCUGCAGAGAGUUUGCGAAUGCCGCAUGUUCAGAAUCUGGCACUCGAUAGACUCAAGGGCCUCUCGGUUUCCGCCGAUCCCAUCUUAAUCAUCUCCGUCCAACAAAGGUAUCGCCAUAAGAUCAGUCGUGCAUGGGCACGAGCCGCAUUCGUUCAUAUUUGUGAACGCCAGGGCCGCCUGACAGUUGAAGAGGGUGAACGCAUUGGGAUCCUCGCCUCUGUUCUGAUCGGGCACGCCCGAGAGGAGGUUCUGCUUCUCAAAUCGCAACCUGAAGAGCAGACUGUUCAGAAUAUUGUCCAGCGCAUCAUCAUUCAUGAUGACCCUCCGAUCGCCCCUCCAAAGUACGAAGUUCUCGACGAUUCUAAACCGUUUGAGUGCAAUGUAGAAGGCGCAAACGUGGUUGUCUACGUCAGUUACUUCACCGGGCUUCACUCUCAUCCAUCUAACUUGCGUACAGGCAGGGCAACAUAA